AUGCCCAAAAAUACCAAAACAAGUGGCUGGCUGAUCAACGAACUUAAAAUUCAGAAAGAUACCUUCGACGAUACCACAUACCCUUUACCCAGUUACCAACUCACAAAGUUUGAAUCAUGCAUUCAACUACUGCAAGAAUCUACUAAGUCUCUCAGCCAUAGGUCAAGCCCGCAGUCCGGUAGACGGACUCGAGUUCGCGUACUCCUAAAAGACAUUUUCCUGGCGCUGAAUUCUGAGGUAUUUUUGUUGUGCACUUUGGCUGCAUCUAUCACUACUCUUGCGGAUGUAGCACAACAGGGUCUCAUUCGCGAUCUGGGCAAUUGGUGGAAAGAGACUGCCCACCCUCAAGGACUUUCAGGUAUUGCAAGCAAGCUCUGUGACACCUUUUCUGUCAGUACUUUGUUUGGGUCGGCGCCAAGUUGUGCAGGUUACGACCAAAGAAAAGCCAAACUCCAUGACCAUCAACAAGAUGCGCAAGCACCGGAAGCGCAUGGAGUGGUCGAUGGGUUCCCGGAUAACGCAGACGCGCGGCUAAACCUAGAGGAGAGCAGUGCUCCGGCAUACCACGUCAGAGAUGAGCUGGUAAAGGCGGUUCCCACAAACAGACAUAUCGAGUAUAGAUACUCAGAAGCCCCCAUUAAUCAGAUGAUUCUCCUCAGCGACUUGAUCUCUGAUGCCGUGCAGAGUAGCCACCAGUGGAAAUGGGAACGCGACCUCGGAGGGAAAAUGUCAACAGAUUGCGUCAAUGCUUUGGUGCCUAAAAGUCGGACUCAGGACAUAUCGAUCACUUUGUUGGUAGGCUAUGAGAAGGGAAUGAAGUUGAUCGAAGAACUCCAACUUGAAUUAUGUAAAUUUGACAGUGGCUCCUAA